UAAUAAAUACUGGGAUAAGAAGAUUGAUCAUCAACAUUUAAAUGGGGUAAUAUAUUUUGGAAUGUUCGGAGUAUAAUGUUGUUCAACUGCUCAUCGUUAUCCCACGGUUUCCGCUAUGAACUUCUAGAAACACAUUGAUGAGCUGGAAAGCCGCUUGGAAGAUGAGAAGCGUGCAAGCAGGCAAGCACAGGAUGAACUUCUGAGCCAUCUUUCCAAAGACGUGCAGACAUCAGGGACUCAAACGGAAAGUGAGAUAUCGGUCCCAUCCUCAGCCAGCUCUGAGGAAAUCUUCUAUGACGCACUCUCCACCAUCGAUGACGACCAAGCACCAGAUGUCUCUGAGGAGAUCUUCUAUGAUGCCCUUACCACCAUUGAUGACAACCAAUCAGGAGCUAGAACUAAGGAGAUCUUCUAUGACGCCCUCUCGACAAGCCCGAUGAAGAUUCCCCCAGUGUUCAUUGACGCUGUUGGUGCACUAGAGUUUGAUGAAGUGAAACGAUUUGUGCCCUGGUCAUCUUUGAGGCUAGACAGGUUUUUGGACAAGGUUAUCGAAAUGUCAAACAGUGACCUCGAUGCAGCAAAGGCUACUCCAAAGUCCAAAGGCAAGGCUAAAGCUGGCACCAUCGUGACACGCAUGCGUGACCUUGUUCCAUUUCGUGAGCCGAAUGGUUCAAUCGAACUUGGAAGUGGAACUGCCGGGACCGUCUAUCUUUUCCGCCACGCCAAGACCAAUGAGCCAGUGGCCCUCAAGGUCAUCGCUCUUCCUCCUUGGAGCGAUGACGACAGUAAGAAAUCUGCAAUCGAGAAGCUCCAGAAUGAAAUGAAAAUCCUCCAGAGGUUGGGAUGCAUGGAGUGGUUCCCGGAGUUCUAUGGAUGCUGCAAGGUUCGUAAGGACGUGGUCGGCAUUGCUAUGGAGUUCUGCGGGGAUGUAGAAAAAGGCGAGAGCUAUUCAAUCUUGAAUUGCAUAGAUGGCAAGGGCCCCAAGCUGGACAAAGACGCCUGGAUGAAUGUCAUGUUGGAUUUAGCAGAUGGACUCACAGUGAUGCACAAGAAGGGCUUCUUGUGCAAUGAUCUCAAGGAGGAUAAUGUGCUCCUGGUGAAGUCUGGAGAAGAGUGGCGAGCUAAGAUCAUUGAUUUCGGAUGGUCCAGCGAUAUGAACAUGCUCUUCCCAGCCUGGAUGCCCUUCACAGCCAGGCAAAAGCAUGACUACAAGUAUAGUCAGGCAUACAACUACAUUGCUCCUGAGUGUGCUCUCAAAGGAAAGGGUUUCUCCGAAAGCAGUGACAUUUAUUCCUUGGGAAGACUUGCAGCCUUCGUUGGCCAGGAGAUUCCCGGUCUGAAAGAACUUGGGGACUAUGGUUUCAACAUCUACUCCUGCGCCCGAGGGAAGAGGCCAUCACUUCAGGAGUUCAGCCAGGAGAUUAGCUAUCUGAGAUCUCGUUCCAAUGAGAGUGAUUCAGACGAAGACCUUGUAUGAACGACCAGUGGAAAGACGCCCG